AGUACAAAAAUCUCUGACAUUCACCACCAUGUCUCUUUUGAUAUACGAAGAUCUUCUGGAGAAAUUAUCUAGUAAGCCUUCGUGGUCAGGCCAGCAUGAAACCGAGCUGUUGGAACCAUUUACGUUCAUCACCUCAAAUCCCGGAAAAGACAUGCGUAGCAGACUGAUUGAGGCAUUCAACAUUUGGCUCAAUGUUCCAGAGGAAAAGACCAAAGUCAUUUCCCGUAUAGUAAAUAUGCUGCACAACGCCAGUCUUCUGGUAGAUGAUAUAGAAGAUGACUCUCAGCUGAGAAGGGGACGGCCUGUUGCCCAUAAAAUUUAUGGGAUUCCUCAAACAAUUAAUACCGCAAAUUAUGUUUACUUCCUCGCCUACGAGGAGCUCCAUGCACUUCGAAGAGCCGGAAAUUUCGGGACGUCGAGAGAUGUUGAUCUGGAUGCAAUUGUUACUGCCGAGCUUUUGUCUUUACAUCGAGGUCAAGGUCUUGAGUUGCAAUGGAGAGACUCUCUGAGAUGUCCCACUGAGGAAGAUUACAUCGGGAUGGUGAACAACAAGACUGGUGGGCUGUUGCGAAUAGGUAUCAAGUUGAUGAUGGCUUGCGCCACUACAAAUACUGACGUUGAUUAUGUUCCUCUGGUCAACCUCAUCGGCGUCUACUUUCAAAUUCGCGAUGACCUUUUAAAUUUGCAAAGCCCUGAGUACAGCACCAAUAAAGGUUUCGCUGAAGACCUCACCGAGGGGAAAUUCUCUUUCCCCAUUGUUCAUGCUAUCCAUGCAGACACUACGAACAGACAAGUCCUCAAUGUAUUACAAAAGCGUCCUACCACUCCAACGCUGAAACACCACGUUAUAUCGUAUCUCAAGGACCACACCAAGUCAUUCGACUACACUCUUAGCGUAAUGGACCUGCUAGAUAAGAAAACACGAGCUGAGAUAGCUAGAUUGGGCGGUAACAAGGGCUUGGAGAAGCUCAUGGACUUCUUCUACGUUGAUAGCCCCAAACUCACCCAAACCUCGUAACCCGGUGUAUCUGAUUAGAAGAUGAAUGUAUUGGUAAAAAUGUA